UGUGACGCAGGGGCUAUGAGUUGUAACCUGCUCUGCUCUCUGCUGUGCUGCUUAUCAGGCAUUUCAUUUCUGACAGCUGCUCUGGAAACAUCUGCUCUGAACGGCUGCUGCUACUCACUCUCUGCCUUAAUUACUCCUGCCGAUUCUUCUUCUUCUUCUUCUUCUUCUCGCUGGAGCUUUUACGAAAUCCCCACACAGAUAAUGAAGCUGAUCUGUGUCAUUAUGAGCUUGAUCUUGUUGGCUCUGCCGGGGCUCAUCACCGACCCCUGGUACUACGGCCUGUUUACAGGCCUGGGAGUCCUUCUGCUCUGGAUGGGAUACUGGAAAAACAUUUAUAUUGCUGUGUGCACCAUCAAGAGAGACAUGAUGUGCUUGGCUGCUAUCGUGCGAGUAAGACUUUCUAUGAACAGGAAUCUACGAAAUAAAACAACCGUCCCUGCCUUGUUUGCUCAGAAGGUGCUACGGCAUCCAGACAAACCUGCCUUGAUCUUUGAGGCCUCAGAAGAGUUCCUACAGGUUUGGAGUUUUAAAGAACUGCAGGAGAGAUGCAACGCUGUGGCUCACUGGGCUCUGGCCCAGGGCUGGGCCGAGGGCGAUGUAGUGGCUUUGUACAUGGAAAAUCACCCGUUAGUGGUCGCUCUGUGGCUAGGGCUGGCUAUGGUAGGUGUAGAGGCCGCGUUCAUCAACUACAACCUUCGACAAAAAUCCCUCCUGCACUGUGUUGGUGUGUCUGGAGCUCGGGCCGUGGUGUUCGGAGCAGAAAUGACUGAAGCGGUGUCAGAAGUGGCAGGAUCUUUGCAGCCCGGCAUGAUUUUGUUCUGCACUGGUGAUGAAAAGAACGAGGAGAAGCUCUGCAGCUUCCGAGCUCAGAGUCUGGAAGCCCUGCUGGCCUGUUCUCCCACACACCCACCCAAUUACAAGCUGAAGAAAGACUUUAAUGGCAGACUUUUCUAUAUUUACACCUCUGGUACAACUGGAAUGCCAAAGGCAGCUAUAGUGGUGCACAGCCGUUAUUUCCGCAUCGCUGCCUUCGGUUUUCACUCCUUCGGCUUGCGUCCCGACGAUAUCCUCUACAACUGCCUUCCUCUCUAUCACUCUGCAGGCACCAUCAUGGGUGUCGGACAGUGUUUGCUCUUCGGCCUGACAGUUGUAAUCCGGAGGAAGUUCUCAGCCAGUCGCUUCUGGGACGACUGUGUCAAGCACCGCUGCACUGUAAUUCAGUAUAUUGGUGAGAUCUGUCGUUACCUGUUGGCUCAGCCCGUCCGCCCGUCCGAAGCUCGUCAUCGGGUCAGAGUUGCCAUCGGUAACGGCCUCCGCCCCUCCGUUUGGGAAGAGUUCGUCCGGAGAUUCGGGAUCCGAACAGUCGGCGAGUUCUACGGCGCGACCGAAUGCAACUGCAGCCUGAUCAACAUCGACGGAAAGGUGGGAGCCUGUGGAUUCAGCAGCCGCAUCCUGCCCAACUUUUACCCCAUCAGACUGGUCAAGGUGAAAGAGGAUGAGAAAGAGCUGCUCAGGGAUUCACAGGGACUCUGCAUACCUUGUCAGCCUGGGGAGCCGGGUAUGCUGGUGGGCCGCAUCAGCCGCACGGAUCCACUCAGGCAGUUUGACGGCUAUGCCGAUCAGGAGGCGACCAAUCAGAAAAUAGCUCACAACGUGUUCCAGAUGGGAGACUCUGCUUAUGUCUCAGGUGACGUGCUGGUGAUGGAUGACUAUGGCUACAUGUAUUUCAGGGACCGCAGCGGGGACACGUUUCGCUGGAGAGGGGAGAAUGUUUCCACCACAGAGGUGGAGGGAGUCCUCAGUGGGUUGCUGGGACACGCUGAUGUGGCCGUUUACGGAGUGUCCGUUCCAGGCGUGGAGGGCAAAGCUGGCAUGGCAGCCAUCGCUCACACAGGAGGCAGUUUGGACCUUGAUAAGUUUUUGAGCGCUGUACAAAAAGCCCUUCCCUCCUACGCACGGCCCGUCUUCCUGCGAAUCAUGCCAUCUGUGGACACCACAGAUACAUUUAAAAUCAAAAAGAUACGUCUGCACAAGGAAGGCUUCAAGCCACAAGACACGAGAGAGGAGAUCUAUUUUCUGAACAGCCAUGCUGGACGCUACCAGGCUGUUACUGAUGAACUGUAUCGCGCAAUCAUGGAGGGGGAAGUUUCCCUUUGAGAGAAGAAGGCACCUGUGGCGUAUAGUCUGCUGCGCAUUUCAUUUUUACAAACUCUAACUCACUCUACUAUGCAAAAAAAAAAAAAAAAAAUUUAAAAAAAAAUCACGCUGUUUAUUUCACAAUAAAAUUUUGUUGGAUGUUAAAAGUUUGGGACACUUUUUAUAUCUUGCAAUACAAAUCUUAUAUUACAUACAAUAAUGACCUUUUGAUGGAAGA